CUCUGGCAUCAAUGCUUUCUGUCUUGUGUGUCAGGGAAACUAUUGAAGUCAGAACAUCACCUUGAUAUCAAAGCAUCUAGCAUUUUCGAAAAAUCGGUCAAGCCAAGUGGUCAUGUCAGGUGUUGGCAGGGGCGGACUGACCAUUUGGAAACUCGGGCACUUCCCGAGGGCCCGGGAUGCCCCUGGUACCUUUUUCAUAGGCUUUUUUGAGUUUGGGCAAGGACACAGGGGCCCCAUGAUCCCCUAUUGCCCAGGG